AUGACAAGCGAAUACGGUUUCUCGUACGCCAAGCCAGAUACAAUCUGUAGGUACGAGGGAAAUCUGACCGAAGAUCCCUUGAGUAGAACCUACGCGGAACCCGCAAUCUUCUUGGAACCCUCAGUCUACGUUGAGUUGAUCGAACCAGAUAGAAGUCCCUACGGCAACUAUGUGUCUGGUAGCGGGGAAGGUCUGCAGUACAACGAGGAUUUACAGCAACAAUUUGUGGCUGGAAGCGCUCACGCAGAGUCUUGGCCUGAUCCCGAGCCUGGUCAUGCAUCAUCAGAUUUCCAGCUUCCGAAAUGUCCCCACUGUGACAGGAGGUUCAGAAAUAAAGCUGAAGAAAAGUACGAAGGCUGCACAUGCGGACAAGACUUUGCGACGUCUUACGAUUUGGAAAGACACCAGAAGGGGUUGAUGCUUGGGGCUAAGCUAUGCUAUUGGAGAUGUGCGCUACCGACGUGCGCUGAAAGGGAGAAGCUAUGGACUCGAAAAGACAAGUUCAAAGCGCACAUAAGUCGAAUGCACAUGGGAACAGCCAUGGAUGUUGAGCAGCUUGUCGAGAAAGUGUACAGUUCAAAGGUGACACCAAAUUCGGUUGAAUGGAAACAGCUGGCUAGUGCUAGGACUCCGCGAAGAGUGUCACUCAACGAUCGAAGUCAUUCUCAUGGACAGAACCCCGUAUCAAGCAAUGUAACCAGCCCGGUCCGGCACGUCCCUCCUUCAUCCCCCUCAGAUUCCACGAAUCCAAUCUAUUCUGAGUCCAUUGGAUCAUAUUCAUCUGGUCCCGUCGCCCUACCUGGUCUUACCAUUUCAACGGGUUGUUCUGAUUCCUCAUGGUGCUCUGAAGAGAGCUUGUACACCGCUAAUCGCGGCCCACAGUCAGAGAAAGGCCUAGCUUUAGGCUGUGCAAUACUAACCAUCGACGAGAACCCAGAGCUGGAUCCCCUCAACGCAGUAUUUGAUCGCAUGGCCAAAGCAAAUGUUAAUCCAGGUUACCCGAUGACCGUUCCGAUACCUUCCAAGCACCGGUCCAGUUCAGACCAGAUUUUCUCCUUCGGUCCUGCGGAACCAUCUACAUAUCCGUUCUGCUUUACGCAUAACCAACUAUCUCAGCUAUGUGCAAAGGAGCACCACAAUCCAGCAGAUACGGCAGAGCUCGGCGGUCAUGUUUUUCAAGAGACCAACCCUCGUGGCCUCUAUGAUUGGGGAUCACUUCCGCUACCAAUGUCUCUACAGUAUCAUGACCCUACUUUAGGACCAAGUCAGCCAUACCACUCAAAUGACUUGUUUUCUAUUGGAGACGGAUACGGUCUCACUUCAGACCAGCUUCAGAGCCCUGGUUCGUUUCAAUGUGACGAGGAGACAAAUCAUGAGUCUGCCAACUCUGACAAGGAAGAUCGAACAUACGAGCAGUUUGAGAGCCAUUCAGGCAGUGAGGAUUCCCAAUAUCCAACAGACACAGAUUCUAUGGCCAGUUCUGGAGGAUCAGCAGAUGAUAUCGACAGCGUUCUCCUUGAUCUGGAGAUCUCCAAGUUCAGAGCUUGGCUUGUAAUCCGAUGCACGUCGGAUGCGUUCUUUCGACAGCUCACAUCGACUUCAAAAAGAUCUUCAGGUUCUUCACCCAAAGCUACACCUCUUUUACCUUCUCCGUCCUCGUCUCAGGCUGCUUCAUCCCGUAAACCUUCCGAUCAUAGUAAAUCUGACGACUGUGGCCGAAGUGACAGAGACAGACCGAACAAAAGAAGACGUGUUACUACAGGCGAUGAGUUACCACAAUUAGAGAGCUGGGACAUGUAUCAAAGUAUUCUGACCAAGAGCAGCGAGCAUCUACGACGAGUGCAUGGCGAUCAACCACUGCAGUGCCCGAGGUGUGCUCGGAUGGGAUUUGGCAGCCCUGGGGAGCUUCAGGCACACCAAAUUGCCCCGGAACCAUGCUCCCCAGUCCCAUUGACUGCUGUCAAGCGUAUAAGGUGGAUGACUCACGACGAACGCACAGCCCUACAAUCAGCAGUCAACCAGCGUCUGAGAGGUGGUACAGAUGAAGAGAAGUGGCGGUUUGCCUACAGACGGUUGUUUCCUGAAACGGGCCACACACCAUGUCCAUAUCUGCAGGAUCCGGUGAUCUCUAUCAUAUCAUCCGUUGUCGAUGACUUCGAACUUCACCUUCGGGAAAUGAUACAGUCCUCCAACGACCUGGACGAUCUUGCAAGUCGUAUCCCAAUCAUCCGUAGACUGUUCCUAGCGCGAUACGGAAUCCAUGAGGUUGAGCAGGAUCCUCCAUCUUUAGUCACCCUCAGGACAGUCUCCAGCAGUCCAAGUUCUGGAAGGUUGACUACUGCAAUGCCGCCAGAAGUGUCUGACCCGGUCCAACCACAUCUCGAGGGUGACGCCAAUCACGAUCGACCCGUUCUCUCGACAGACUCUCAACAAUAUCUGAACGUCUUGUCGACCGGUAUCAAUGCCCACCAAGAUGUUCCACUUGAGCCUCUUGUAACCAGCGAUAUCGUUUGGCUUCAGAAUGACGAGUUUUCCAGUCUGGAUGACAUUUCUAGCUGGGAUCCAAGCACGUGGUAUGCAGACUACGACACAACGACCGGCAUAAACAACAAUCUGUAUGUGACGGAGAACCCGAAGGAUCUUCAUGGCCACGGUCCUUGA